AUGGAGUCCACAGAGAGCAGAUACGCUCACCUGCUGCAGCCGAUCCGAGAGCUCACCAAGAACUGGGAGAUCGACGUGGCGUCCGAGUUAAACGACUACCUGGACGAGCUGGAUGACAUGACCAUCACGUUCGACGGAGGGAAAACCAGACUGAACUUUGCAGAGGCGGCGCUGCUGAUUCAGGGCUCGACCUGCAUCUACAGCAAGAAGGUGGAGCUGCUUCACAAUCUGGUUUUCCAAACUCUGGAGUACAUCAAUGACAGGAAUAAGAAACGUAACAAACAGGCGGCGGCUGAAGGCGGCGAUGCAGACGGAGCAGCGAACAGCAACUACGCUGCCGAUGAUGACGAUGAAGCUGGGUUCACGCCGUUAGACAUCGACGUGUCGGAGAACUCGCAGAAGGACGACUCUACCGCGCCGGUGAGCGUCGUUCCUCUUCCUCCCGCCUCGCUGAUCCCUCCCGACACCCGUGAGAAGCAGAAGCUGCCUCUCAUCAAUGUGAAAGGAGACGUCGUCUGCAGUCUGAAGGACUUCAGGAUCAAUCUGUUCAUCGCAGGAGACCGAGACAUGAUCUUCCUCACACGAGGAUCCACCGCUGACCGACAUCUGCUGAUAGACGAGCAGCAGCAGCAGAGAGGUUUGCUAUUUCCAGACGUUUCUUCUCUGAUUGGUGGAGAGGCUGCAGGUGAUGCAGGAGACGACGCUGUGGAGAACUUCCUGCCGCUGGAGGACAACGAUAUGGAUCUGGACCAGAACCAGGACCAGAACCAGGAACCAGAGGAGCACGUCGAGAGACACCAGGCUCCAGGUGAAGGCAGGAUGAUCCGAGAGAGACGACAGGUGGAAGAAAAGAGGGAAGAGGAGGCUCCACCUGCUCGGAACAUUUGGGAGCUUCAUGACCCGUACACUGUUCUGACUGGAGAUAAACCGCUUAAAUCAGGGAAGUGCUACAAGGUUCCUGACGGUUUGGACGACGGAGGGAAGAGGAAGAGGAAGCCAGCGGGUUCUCUGCAGGACUUCAGGAGCUGGUUCAGAGGAACCUUCGAUCCUCCAGAACACAAGUUAAAGAACGGACCCUCGUUUACAGACCUGAACUACGUUUAUUUAACUAACAUGAAAAACAAACUGAAGACUAGAAAGAGGAUCUACAGGAGAGCGGGUGUGAUGGUGUCCGAUGAGGAGCUGAGGAGAACCUUCCUGCAGCUGGAGGAACCUCAGCAGCAGCCGGGAGAAGAACCUGUGGACGGGUUCAGACACCCGGAGCUGCUGGGUGCUGAUGAUGGAAACUCUGACGACGAACACGAAGCGCUUGACGACUUCCCAGCCGAGUUAGCCGGAGGACCAGAUUUCAUCUCACCAGACGUUCAUGGAGAAGACAUGAGUUAUGAAGAUCUGGUGAAGCUGCGAGUGGAGCAGCUGGUGGUGAACAGUGGCGGUUACACUCAGGAGACGGGUUUGUCCCGCCGGGUCAAAGACUGGGAAGCAAAGAUUCGACCUGAACUCGCUAAUCAGGAGGAGCGGCCGGUGUUCGACAUCCACAGCUACAGCGACCGGAUCGUCUCGUCUCUGAGCGACGUCGGUCAGCGCCGGUCCUUCGCCUCCAUCGUUCACGGUCUGGACAACUACGAGGCCUGCAAGUAUCUGCUGGCUUCACUGCAGCUGGCCAACGACCGCACAGUGGAGCUCGACAGCGUUGAAGGUUUGGAGGAGAGCGUCGACUCGAUGGGACUGACUCUGCUCAGCACUCACAAAGCCACCGACAGGUUCAAGAAGCUCGCCUCUUCAUCCUGAAACCAACUUCACCCAACACAAAGCUAACUUCGUACAGCCUGAACACUGCAGACUCUGUUUGAGCUGAAGACAAACGUUUAACCUGAACUCUGUUUCCUUUCAUCCAGUUAUUAUUAUUAUAAUGAAUCAUGAUUUAUACAUGAAACAUUUUGUCUAUAAACCUCUUGAAAAUAAAUUUCUCAGCAGAUUUUAAAUGUUGCAGUACAGCGUUCAGCCACUAGGUGUCACUCUACAGCACCAACAUGAUCGACGGAAAC